GCACCUCCUCGCCGUUUCCGCGUUUCCUUCCACAACGGCGACCCCGAUGCCACGGCCGGAUGCCAAAACCGGCAACCCGGAGAGCGCGCCGUCGCAUAUAAGGAUGCCCCGUUUCCCUAGCCCUAGCCCCAGCCCGCGCCUCCUCCGACCCUCACCCGCCGCCGUCUCUCGAAACCCUACCCCACUCCGGCGGAUAGAUCCGGCACGUCCUGCCCUCUCCGCCGCCAGUCGCCAGAGAUGGCCGCCCGCAACUCAUCCGCGUUCGCCUCCGACGCGGUCCACCAGGCUGCCAUGGCCGUCCCCAAGUCGCCCGUGCUAGACGCCGACCCGCUCCACCAGGCCGCCGCGCCGGGGGGAAUUGACGGCGUUCCUGGAGCGCUCCCGACCGAGCAAGGGUCUUUGACGGCGCUGCCGCCCCUGCAAGCAGCGCCGGAGAUGGCCCUGCAGCAGCGCGCCACGUACAUAACGGAGCCGCCCCCGCCGCAAGGCACGCCUGUGAUGAAGACGGCCCCGCAGCAGGGCGCGUACAUGGCGGCGCCGACGCCCCCGCAAGGGCCCCCCGUGACGCAUCUGGUGAUGCAAGGGGCAAACACGGUGGUGCCGAUUUCCCUGCGGGAGCCGGUCAUUACCGUGCCCCCGCAAGGCAGACCUGUGAUGGCACCUCUGCCUUUCCCUGCCGGUCCUCCAUCCUUCAUCCAUGAUGCCGGAUACAUGAUGGGGCAAUCACUGUUGCCUGCCGGCCCUCAACCCAUGACGGGGCUGCAGCCUCCACCUGCCGGAUACAUGAUGGGGCACCCGCUGUUGCGUGCCAGCCCUUUGCCGAUGACGGCGCUGCAUCUCCCACAGGCUGUACACAUGAUGGCACGGCCGCCUUUGCCCGCUGGCCCCCCUCCUCUCAAGCGUCACCGCCCUGACUACUUCGACAUGCCUUUUGGACCGCGGAUGACUGGUUGUGAGCAGGAAAUGGCUGGAUUUGAUGAAUCAAUGGGACUGCCUUAUGGGCCUUACAUAAACAAUGAGAUGCCUUCUAUUGGUUCUUAUGAACCAUAUCUUCCUUCAGAAGCAUCAAACACCCUACAUGUUGAAGGUUUCCCACCCAAAUGUACUAGAUGGGAACUUGCACAUAUAUUUCGCCCUUUUACUGGGUUCUGUGCAGUAAGGCUGGUCAACACAGGAUAUAAUAGUCGACAUGUAAUAGCUUAUGCUGACUUUGAAACUCCUGCCCAAGCCUUCUCUGCCAUGAAGUCUCUGCAAGGUUAUUUGUUUGACAUGCAUGACCGGUACUCAGUCAAAUUGGACCUCCAGUUCCUUCCUGGUCCGUCCAAGGCAUCACGUUCAAGAUCAUAUUUCUCUGAAAUGCGUUGAAAGGAUUCUGAAGAUAUUGUCGUUGGUGAUGUUAGAGUCGCUGAAGAGCUCAUUGCGUUAGACAUUGCUAUUCAUCCAAGACAUGAGAAGCAAAUGAGACCACAUCAGUUGGCAGGCAUGUAUUACCGCAGAAAAAGAAAGCCUUCCGACCCCAUCAAUAAUCUUUCACUUACUGCAAAAUGCAAAUACGAUUCGCAGUUGGGGAUGUGGCAGUGUUACCGAGGAGUGGGACAGCUUGUAUCCUCAGAAGGUCCAAUUGUUAACUUUGCUUUCUACUCUGCCCGAGCCCGCUCUGAGUUAUGGGCCGAGUGUUAAAACUAAUAUGGCCAAUUCUAUCGAGCAAAGAGAACAGAAAAAGAGUGACAUAAUAAUUCUUCAUUCGGAUGAUGAUGAUGAAAGCACACGAGCACACAAAUAACUGACGCCUGAGAAAAACAAACAGCUCACACCUGAGAAAAAUAAACAGCUGAUACCAUCAGAACAGGCUGGUUCUCUCAUGAGAGGUAACCGAAGAAAUUGAUGAAGUAAAUGAGACAAUGCAUGCUAGAGAUCAAAACAGUCAAAUUGUUCCAUAUAGUCCAAGUGCAACUUCAAUGAAUCAGUAUCCUUCGGCCAGCUAUCAACCAUCAGCAGUUCUGUUUGAGAGAGUUUUAUUGCAGAAAAGACCUGAGGAGGAACGUAUCCAUGAUCUGGCUGUAUGUCGCUACCCAUAAGGAGAAAAUAGCAGAAACACAAGUUUUCCCUUCACUUCCUAAGGAGAGAAAAAUAAACGAAAAGUUGAUCCAAAUUCCCAAGUAGAUGGGGAUGUUGAAAUUGUGCCAAGAAAAAGAAAAAGAAAAAAUGAAGCAAAUCCAGCAGUAUUUGAUUUGCCCUCAGAACCUUACAAUCCUGUGGGGGAAGACGAGCCUAUGGAGGAAGAAAAUAUACAAGAAAAGGAAAGUGAUGAUCUUGAAGAUUUUUGGAAUGAGUACUCAGUGGCACUUGAAAGCUCUAAGCUCGACACACUUGAAGAGGCAUCCAAUGAGAAAGAGGUGAACAACGUCUGCAAUCAUGAAAUACAGAUUCAUGAAGAUCUGGGCCAUGUAUGCCGCGUCCGCGGUAUGAUUGUGAGAAGGCCUGACACAAUCAUUGAUUAUCAGUGGAGAAAGGCAUCAAGUUCAAGAUCAUAUUUGUGUGAAAUGCGUUGAAAGGAUUCUGACAAUAUUGUCGUUGGUGAUGUUAAGAGUCGCUGAAGAACUCAUUGCGUUAGACAUUGCUAUUCAUCCAAGACAUGAGAAGCAAAUGAGACCACAUCAGUUGGCAGGCAUGUAUUACCGUUGAAAAAGAAAGCCUUCCGACCCCAUCAAUAAUCUCUCACUUACUGCAAAUACGAUUUGCGGUUGGGGAUGUGGCAGUGUUACCGAGGAGUGGGACAGCUUGUAUGCUCAGAAGGUCCAAUUGUUAACUUUGCUUUCUACUCUGCCCGAGCCCGCUCUGAGUUAUGGGCUGAGUGUUGAAACUAAUAUGGCCAAUUCUAUUGAGCAAAGAGAACAGAAAAAGAGUGACAUAAUAGUUCUUGAUUUGGAUGAUGAUGAUGAAAGCACAGGAGCACACAAACAACUGAUGCCUGAGAAAAACAAACAGCUCACACCUGAGAAAAAUAAACAGCUGAUACAUCAGAACAGGCUGGUGCUCUCAUGAGGGUGGUAAUCGAAGGAAUUGAUGAAGUAAAUGAGACAAUGCAUGAUGGAGACCAAAACAGUCAAAUUGUUCCAUAUAGUCCAAGUGCAACUUUAAUGAAUCAGUAUCCUUCGGCCAGCUAUCAACCAUUAGCAGUUCUGUUUGAGAGAGUUAUAUUGCAGAAAAGACCUGAGGAGGAACUUAUCCAUGAUCUAGCUGUGUGUACUUUUCACUUGCAACUUUUUACUGAACUACUCCAUGUAAUGUGGUCCUUAGACUUUUCCAGAAUCAUGUCGCAGAAGUGUUCAACAUCUUGAACCUUUUAUGCCCAAAGUUUCUCAAGAUAGCAGCAUAUAUCCUAUUGUUGAUAAUGAAUCAAGUAUCAAUAUCAGGUUGCAGAGUCAGUAGAAGAUGCCCUACUGCAUCAUGAUAACCACGAGAAAAGCACAUGCCAUUAGAAGUCUUCAGAGAACUAACAAAAGUCGUGCUUCACUACUACAGGGGUGAUAUCUUGGAUGAACUACCUGACCUAGUAGACUUCAGUGUCUUCAGAAAGAAAUCGUUCAUAAGUUGGAAGCCUAUGAGAAGUAAAGAAAACGCAGUAGGAACUACCCUGUACAUGCAUCCAUAAAAAAGGGCAACCUGGUGCAUGUAGCUCCCGCUUGCGCAGGGUCCAGGGAAGGGUCCAACCACUUUGGGUCUAUAGUACGCAGCCUUUCCCUA